ACUAUAAUAAACAAAUAUGGUAGACUUGUUCGCCACGUGCUACUGAGAGUGUUUAAAUUUUAGAAGACCAUAGUCAAAACUUGUAGCUCUAAAUUAAAAGGUAUUUUAAGAUGUUUUCUUUAGAAAAUAACGGGACCAAGUAUUUUGCACUUUGCAGUGAUGCUUAUGAAUGCCAGCCAGAGAAUCACAAUCGUUUCACAGAGAAACAUUUGGUAUUUGAUAAUCUGGCUAGUUCUCAACCUAGUAGAAAUUUAGAACGUGGUUGGUACAGAUUUGAUGUAAAGUUUAAUGUAAACAGACCAAAAGCAAAAAGAAUGUUGGAAAUAAGUGAAGUGACAAAGAACGUUAUACGGAGCCGAGACUGGAAGCCUUGUGGUGUACAACAUUUGGUCUCAGGCAUAAUAAUUACAUUUCCAGGUUUAUUUGCACUUGGAUCAAAUCAUCCAUUGAAACAAGAUGGUCGAGUACGUAGCACUGUUCAGUUGUUUGACUAUCAUUUUUUUGAAUCAAAUUGUAAUGCUACUGGUAGUGGUGGAUUUGUGGUAUGCAACAUCACACGUCGUAUAUUACCACAUACAUAUGAUAUUUAUGUACGCAACUGUGGUGAAUUUUACGUUUAUUUUCUCUCCCCAAUUGUGAUAUUAUACCCAGUAGGAAGUAUAAGCGAACGUAUUGUGGGCAGAUAUUGUGCUGGCUAUUUGAAAAACACUAUAAGCACUCCAGUUAGGCAAGAAUGUCACAAUUAUUUAAAUGCAUCUGAUGCACCAACACGUCCAUUGCCACAUAUGCCAAUAAAUAACAUUGAUUGUGCUGAUUUGAAGUUCAUGAAUUACCGUUGGAUAAGGUUUGAUGAUAUGUUGCAGGACACAUGCUCUGUAAAUUUAAGUUUGGUUGGAACUAAACCAUGUGGUGGUUAUUUUCGUGGUUGGUUAAAAGGAGAUCACCCGAAAGAAGAACAAGUGAUUGUUCAAAGGGAGUUGUGUUUUUCUACACCCACUCACUGUAAUUGUGAAGCAUCUAUCUCCAUUGAUAUUAUCAACUGUGGUGGCUUUUAUAUUUAUAAAAGAUAUCAAAAAUACCCUCUUUGUGCUGCAAGAGCAUGUACCGUGAAGCAAAAGUCAGAGCUUUCAAAUGUGACAACAAUUCCAACAAAUUUAACAACAGAAACAAAAAAACAAACAUCAACAAAAGCCGUCUCAACUACUGCAACAAGUCAUGUUACCCUGGAAAAUGAAAUAGAAACAACGUCAAAAGCUACAACAGCAGUAGAUUCCACAGUGACAAGAGAGACUAUAUUGUUGACUGAGGUGACAACUAUUACAACAACAACAGCAGACGCUGACCCAACAACAACUAAAAUUAAAACAAUAACUGCAACCACUUCAACGCCAAUUACAACUAAUACCACAGAACCAGAAAUUAAUCUCUGUCAAAAUUAUGAAACUGUGAUUGACAAUACUAGAUUCUUUGAUAACUUCUCAUCGCUUGUGAGAUGUGAUGUGAAGUAUAAGAAAGCUAUCCGUUUUGUGUCCCCAAAUGGUGAAAAUCUUAAACUGAAUGAAAGGUGCAUUAGAAAUAGUUUCAUUCCUGCAUGUGAAUCAGCUGGGUAUAGUUGGCUUGAAACAGCACCACCUACCAUAGAAAUGGGAGUGUCUCUGGGAGUAAUGUGCUUUGCAGGUUAUCAUGAUGAUAGCGUAUUUGAUAUAACAGCAAGAAAUGCAUGUAUGUGUAAAAAGAGACAGUUAAUCCAGAUUCAAAAUUGUUCUUCAUUUUAUGUGUAUGAGUUGAAUCCUGUUGACUACAGCGUUAGACAAUGCAUGUAUCCCUACUGUAGAGAACGACACUUUUAUUGUGCUUCUAGAUAUUGCUUGAAAGGACAAGGCAUUUUCAUGAGCACUUCUACACAACCGACAACAACUGUUGUGACAUCAUCAAAGAAAGCAAGGGAUAAAGUAGCAGGACGUUUUGCGAUGCAAGGAAAAUUGCAAAUAACCAAUCCGAAGCUAAAUGGAGCAUCACUUACACAAGGGAACAUUGCAGAUCGAACAUCAACCACUUAUAGAUUAUUGGAAAACAUUGUAGUUGAACUCCUGAGAGAAGCACUGCACAAUAUGUCAGAUAUCGAAGUAAACGCCCUCAGAAUUGGUAGUUUAAUCGCCGAUUAUACGUUAAGUUCUGAUAACGCGUUAAACGUAACUGCUGUAAGGGAAAAUCUUAUGAAGAAUGCUGCAAACAAGACGCUGGACAUAUCCAAUGGUGGUCAACAAUUUACUGGAGUUGUUAACAGUAGUUCUGUUGCAAGUUUUAGAAGCCUCGACUUCUGUGCACAGACACGUUGCGAUAAGAAUGCAGCUUGUUUCAACCAGCCAUCCAGUUUCACAUUCACUUGUCUCUGUUCUACUGGUUAUCAGGGAGAUGGCUUCCAGUGUGUUAAAACAAUCAGAGAAGUUGAGCAUAAAUGGUCAAAUAACGCUAUCAUCAUUGUGUCUGUUCUUUUUGCCAUCGCUGUUGUUGUUAUCGUCAUUCUGGCAGGUUUUAUAUGUAUACAUCACCUGGGUACAUCUAAAAGCUACAAAACUGGUCAUCUGGAUAAGCGAGGCUAUGAUGAUUACAUGACGUCAACAGCUAUUGAUAAAUACUCAACAAAUGAGAUGCAGAACAUCAGACUAAACAUGUAUGUAGCAGCUGAACAGAAGUACGAAGACGUGAAGUAACUGCCGAACUAAAAUAUGACGAUGUGAAUUCACAGAUGAAUAGAAAAAUGAAGACUUGAAUUAGCACCCUAACAGGAACAAUAUCUACCACGUUUUUGUUUUGCCACACAUAUAUUUGAUUUUUUUUAUUUUUAAUUCCCACUAAAAACAGAAGACAUCUCAUAACAACCUUACGUCAGUAUAACUACUGUCAAUCAAUAUCAUCUUUCUUGAAAAUCCCAUUAUUUUCUUUUUCUAACAUUGUGCCUUAAUUUCAAAAUCGUGCCCUGGUGGGUUAUGACGUUGAAAGGAACCUUUUUCUGAGCGAAACAAAGUCUUGAUUCUUCUUACUUUUAUAUUUGCUUUUCCUCGUUUUUAAGAAAAGGGCAAUCCUGCAAAAUUGAAUUCAACUAAAAAAAUAAUGUUAGGCUACAAAUUCUUUUUUAUAGUUCAAAACGUGUUUCGCAUUUUCUCUAUCGAGAGUAGAUCAGAAGGUAAAUUUGCUUUUAGUAUUGAAAAUUUAUUUUUAAUAUUUUGAGCAUAUUGGACAUGUAACCUCUCGCGAGACAGCUGCUGUGUUGAAAUAUGCUUUCUUAAUUAUUAUUAUUACUAUUAUUAUUAUUUUACUUUUUAACAUAAGUGUUAAUAAUGGAGUUGUUAUACCCAGUAAACACAAAGGCGUCUUAAAGACGUCUUUUCUCGUCUCCGGCUGGUUCGGACGUCUUUCGACCAGAAAAAGACGUCUUAAAGACGUCUUUAUUUGGUCUUCGUAAGACCAGUUAAAUCUCGUUCGAAAGAAACGUCUUAAAGACGUCUUUAUUUGGUCUCCGUGAGACGAGUUAUAUCUCGUUCGAAAGAAACGUCUUAAAGACGUCUUUAUUUGGUCUCCGUAAGACGAGUUAUAUCUCGUUCGAAAGAAACGUCUUAAAGACGUCUUUAUUUGUUCUCUGUAAAACGAGUUAUAUGUAUACAUGAUAUUUUUGUUAUAUUUAAUGUACUAUUUGUUAUAUUUUAUAUUUACCUUUGCUGUAAUAUUAUCGUUAUUUUGAUAAAGAAUUGCUUUUUCUAAGAA